GGCGUGGGUGACAGCGCCACCGCCUGGUGAGGCCCGGGGACUGCAGAGGGCGCGCGCCGCUGGUGAGCUGAUCCCCGGAGCGGGAGAGAGGAGCGAGAGGUCACCGCGUGUGUGUGUGUGUGUGUGAGAGGGGGCGGGAGCCGAGCGUUCACACCGACUGCGGAGAGCAGCGACAGACAGAGAGAGAGAGAGAGAGACCGGUCUGAAUUUGCUGCCAGUUCACUGUCAUAAUGGGUGAAUCCCCGAUAUGGGAACAAGUUGGUGCAGGUUUUGUGCAGGUCUAUUAUCAACAGUUCGAUACAAACCGAUCAGAACUGGGAUCUCUGUAUGGUGAAUCUUCUUGUUUAACAUGGGAAGGACAACAGUUCCAAGGAAAAACUGCAAUAAUGGAAAAAAUAAAUAGCUUACCAUUCCAGAAAAUUCAGCAUAGUGUAACUACUCACGACCAUCAACCCACAGUAGACGGCUCAGUCCUCACUAUGGUCGUAGGACAGUUACAGGUGGAUGAUGACCCAGUGAUGGGCUUUCAGCAGUUGUUUGUUCUGAAAAAUAUGGACAAAAGAUGGAUCUGCAUGAAUGACAUGUUUAGAUUGGCUUUGCACAACUUUGCGUAGGCAGGCCUUACGCCUUAGUACUUUUUUCCUUGUUUUUAGUCCAUUAUUGAAUUACAAGAAAGCAAUGUAUACAAGAAAGCAAUAUAUUCACAAGAAUGCUGGGCAAAAUAAUGGGUUGAUUUUCUUUGUGAAAAGUAUUGCAAUCUGCUACAUUAAGAAGCUUUUUUCAUUUUUUCAAUAUCCAUGUUCCUUACACAAGUUUCAGAUGCAAUGUCAGUUCUGAUAUUCUGCAAAUUGGAUGUUAUAAUACCAACUUCAUUUUCUUAAGGGAGAGAGCAUUUUAAUUUUUUUAAGUACAUGAACAUGGGCUAAAAAUAUUAACAAAUAUAUUCAUAAAUGUGAUAAUGUAACAUUAUUGAACAUUCCAGGUGCUCAAAACAUUUGACUGAUAAUGUAAAAUGUACUUUGCUUUUGGAAUAAAUGCAGUAAAUGUUAUUUUUUUCUGAAUCUAUAAACCUUUAACUGGAAGCAAUAUAGAUAUCUCAGUAGCUGUAAACAGCAAAACGUUGAAAGCAGAAUUCAAGUUCUGGGUGGAAUUCAGGACUAGGCUUUUUCAGUGUAAAUCUAGUUCCUCUGUCCUUUCUCUGUAUCCCUUAAUAUCUUUAUUUACCAGGUAUCUAUCUGUUACCCUUUUAAAUGUCCUAAUUGAUUCUGUCUCCACCACCUCUGACAGCAAAUUGAAUGUUUUCGUAACCCUCUAUUCCAAAAAAAAAUUCUAAACUUUUCUAUGUAAUUUUAAGCCCUCUAGGUUAGAUCCCUCUACCAGAGGCAAGAGGGAUUACUUAUCGAUUUCCUUCAUUAUUUCAGAACACCUCAUUCUGAUCCCCCCUCAAACUCUUGUCUCCAAAUAUAAUUACUUUAUUUAGCCUUUGAUUAUAGCUGGACCUCUUUGUCCUGAUAUUAAUUUAAUCAUCACCCUUCAAGCCUAAUGAAUUCUUCCAAAAAUUAGGUGUCCAGACCAUUAAAUGGAGUUAUUGAUAGUAGUGUAGUGCACGAAGCACUCAGUUGUUUGGAGAUUAAAUGAUUGGUGGUGGGGGGGAGAGAAUUCAAAAGGAGUUGUUCAAAUAUGAAAGAGCAAUAACAUGACAGGAAGAAACAUUUGAGACAUUUAAGGCAUUAAACUGAUUUUCCAUUCUGCCUGUUCAAA